UUUCUUUUCUGAUUUCGGAUUUUUCUUGUAAUUUUGGUAUUUCUUUUUCUUUUUUAUUUGCGUGGAUCGAAUUCUGCAAUUUCUUGUUGGAUUUCUAGGUUUUGUUUGAAUUACAUGUUAUCCGAUUCUCGUCCCGAAUUUAUUCGAUUCAAUUGGGACGGCCUCCGUACUGAUGUGGGGCCCACUUCUAAUUGAUUUAGGUCGUUCGUCUUGUGGGAUCAGUAGACUUGUUCUUGUUGCAUGUGAAAAGUUGGUGUUUUCUUCCUAGCCAUACAUUUGCAGGCUGUUGUCUAGCGGUUGGGAUUGUUCGAUUGGGAUGGGACCCACUACAUGCACUGCCUGGAUCACUGAAAGCGUCUUUGAACUGGCUCUGAACCACAGUUUCUUAUUUCAAAGAAACUGCUAGGGGAACCCAACCCCAUCAUGCAUAGAUCGAGAUCUAACUCGAAGAUCUCCCAAGAUCUCAAUCUAAGAUUGGGACCAUCUUCCCCGCUGAAUGGAGAGAUGUUUGCUUCUAAUUGUGCGAGGGUCUUCCCUGAUCUGAUUACUAUUGAAGAUGACGAUGAUGUAGAAAUAUUUUCUCAGAGGCCUUUUGUUGAGGAACUAAGGUUGUUUCCUUGUCCUAGCUUGUCAGUACCUAUCCUUUUGGAAGAAGAUUUAGAACUUCGGCUCGGACCCAAAGCGGGUUUGCUGGGAAUCAGAGUUACAAAAGAAAUAUAUCUGAUGAUGGAACAGAAGACACUUCACGGACAAAGAAUUGCUUCAAGAAUAAGAAGUUCGAGCAAUCAUCAGGCAGCCACUGUUUUCUGUCGGAAGAGGUGAAACUCAGAUGCACGAUCUGUAUGGACACUAUGAAGGAGGAGACUUCCACUGUUUGUGGGCAUCUCUUCUGCAACCCCUGCAUACUCAGCGCCAUCCGGGUCCAGAAGAAGUGCCCAACCUGUCGAUGGAAGCUUACCCUCAACAGCAUCCAUCGCAUAUAUCUUCCGGGGGCCACUUCAUGACCUACACUUGAUCUGCUGCAACACAACUGGAAGUUUGAAAUGCCACAAAUAUACUCCCUUGCCCAUUUGGCGGGGGGUGGCAUUGAUGGGGAAGAUCCCCCUUUUUUUUUUUUUUUUGGCAAUGGGGAAGGAAACAUGUGCAUGUGAGUGUGGUGGUUGAAAUUCCUACCAAACAAGUGAUAUGGAGAGUAUUCCUUUGAAAAUUUUCACCAAACAAGUUUUGAUACGAAGGGUUAUUCUCUGAAAUGUUCUACCAAACAAGUUACUGAUGUGGAGGGUAUGCUUUGCCAGAAGAAUUUUUGGAGGAGAUGAGGCUGGUGGAAGGAACUGGGUUGAUUUUUAAUUUUUGUACUAAACAAAAUGAUGUGAGUGAUUUUUUAGCCGGCUUUUUUUCUUUCUUCUUUUUUUUUUUUUGAAAUCUUUCUUGGUUUUCUUGAUCGGUGAUUCGUGAUUGCAAAGGCAAAAGCAUCCCUUCAGAUGAUGAUGUUCUUAUUUGGUUUUGCUACAAUUUAUAGCAGUCUGUCAGGUUACAUCUAUCAUUUGCUCGUGAGUAAUGUUUGAUGCC